GUUAAUCUGGAAAUAAUAAUUUACUACAAAUAUGGAAUCCAAGGAGAAGUACUUGAUCAAUGGGCUGAAGCCACGUAACACCUUUAGUAUGGAGAUACUGAGGAAUGCAGUAGGCUCAAAGGCUUUGGAGAAGAUGAAGAGGUCUAUCACCGCUACUAAGAUCGGGAGAAUCUCUUCCACCUCCACCCAAUCAAGGAUGAGGGAGAUUCGGAAGACUAAAACAGUAGAAAAUAUAGCAAAAGUGACUAGUUUCAACUGAAUUGAUGUUGACAAGGAUGUUAUUGAAGAGAUUAAGGAAGUAGAUGAGGAAGAAGACAUCCCUAUUGAGAAUUAUCUUAUAGGCAGCGAUGCUAGUGACACUGACUCUGAUGAAGAAGAUGAUGGCAAUGCUAAUAAGACACUAGGCGUUGGAGGAGAAGAGCUUAUUCAAAAAGACCCACAAGCUCUUGUUGAUCAGGAACUCACUACUCUUUUGAAGCAGUGCAAGGAGUUCCCAGAACCUACUGAGGAAAUGAUUGCUUCAAAGGCUAUAGAGUUUGGGGAUAGGAAAAGGGAUAAGACUCUUAUCCUUGAUAUGGAUGAGACUUUAAUUCAUGCAGAAAUUCUUCCAGAAAGCGCCAAGCCUAUUAAGGAUGUUGACUUCACCAUUACCCUUAAGAAUGUUAAUGAAGUGACAAAGAAGGAAGAAACCUACAUAGUGUAUGUCAAGAUUCGUCCAUUUUAUGAUGAGUGUAUGGAAAAUCUCGCAAAUUAUUAUGAAUUAGUUGUUUUCACUGCAGCUGAGCAAGAUUAUGCAGAUGCCAUCCUUGAUAUUCUAGAUACUGAGAAUCUUAUCAGCCACAGAUUAUACAGACAACACUGCAUAAAUAUCGAGGAUAAAUACUUUGUGAAAGAUUUAAGAAUUGUACAGGAUAGAGACCUCACAAAUAUGGUUUUGGUUGAUAAUUCCAUCAUCAGUAUGGCUUUCAACAUUGACAACGGAAUUCCAGUGUCUCCAUUCUUCAGAUGGACUAAGAACGAUGAAGAAUUUCUCUUCUUGCACUCAUACCUUGAUGAGUUGUUCCAUACUGAAGACAUCAGGGAUCACAAUAGAGAGAAGUUUAAACUACAAGAAAUUCAAGAUGGAAAAAUCUCUUUAUAAAUAAAUAGCUGUAAGAUCCACUCAAUAAUUAUUAUGA